AUUGCCCCGCGGGGCUUUGGGGACCCGAGGCCGGCCCCACCCACCGCAAACUUCUCUAGGGGCGCGCCGGGUCGAACCCCUUUCCCGCACGCCGCGUCUCCCUCGCACACACCUCCCCUUCCCUGUCGCCCCUCCCUCCCCGCCCACCGGCGGUCCGGACCCGAGCAGGGGGGCGCGGGGCGUGCGGGGGCGGCCUCCCCCGAGCCGGGAUUGCUGGGGUGGGGGCCCUGCGCCGCGGUUUGCGGGGAUCGCCCUCGGAGGGGCCGGCACGCGCCGUGUGCAGGCGGAUGUGAGGAGCAUCUCAAUUGGCGGGCGGGGGGAGCGGGAUCGGGCUGUUACUACUGCAGAGAGAGAGAGAGCGCGGGCGAGCCGGCGAGCCGGGAGCCGGCGGGCGGGAGGAGAGCCGCAGCGGCCCGGCCCGCCGCGAAGUGGAAAGAGGGGACCGCGACUUCGAGACCCCGGCCGUCCCCGCGCUCUGGCCUCUGGGCGAGCUCACACCGCACCGCGCACGGACGUCCCCGUGACCUCCUCUGCCACCAUGAGGAACAUCUUCAAGAGGAACCAGGAGCCCAUUGUGGCUCCUGCCACUACCACCGCUACAAUAUCAACUGGGCUCUUAGACAACUCUACCGAGAGCGGGGGUGCUGGGGAGAGUAAGGAGGACAUGUUUGCCACGAUAAAGGACAAAUUCUUCAAUGAGAUCCAGAAGAUCCCCUUACCACCCUGGGCGCUGAUCGCCAUCGCCGUGGUCGCGGGCCUCCUGCUUCUCACCUGCUGCUUCUGUAUCGCCAAAAAGUGCUGCUGUAAGAAGAAGAAGAACAAGAAGGAGAAAGGCAAAGGCAUGAAGAACGCCAUGAACAUGAAGGACAUGAAAGGGGGUCAGGAUGAUGACGACGCAGAGACCGGCCUGACUGAGGGAGAGGGUGAAGGAGAGGAAGAGAAAGAGCCAGAGAAUCUGGGCAAACUGCAGUUUUCCCUGGAUUAUGAUUUCCAGGCCAACCAGCUCACCGUCGGCGUUCUGCAGGCUGCCGAAUUGCCCGCCCUGGACAUGGGAGGCACCUCAGACCCUUAUGUCAAAGUCUUCCUUCUUCCAGACAAGAAGAAGAAAUACGAGACCAAAGUCCAUCGGAAGACCCUGAACCCUGCCUUCAAUGAAACUUUCACCUUCAAGGUGCCAUACCAGGAGCUAGGAGGCAAAACCCUGGUGAUGGCCAUCUACGACUUUGACCGCUUCUCCAAACACGACAUCAUCGGAGAGGUAAAGGUGCCUAUGAACACCGUGGACCUUGGCCAGCCCAUCGAGGAGUGGAGAGACCUGCAGGGCGGGGAGAAGGAGGAGCCAGAGAAGCUGGGCGACAUCUGCACCUCCCUGCGCUAUGUGCCCACAGCCGGGAAACUCACUGUCUGCAUCUUGGAGGCCAAGAACCUGAAGAAGAUGGACGUGGGCGGCCUUUCAGAUCCCUACGUGAAGAUCCACCUGAUGCAGAAUGGCAAGAGGCUCAAGAAGAAGAAGACGACGGUGAAGAAGAAGACGCUGAACCCCUACUUCAACGAGUCCUUCAGCUUUGAGAUCCCCUUCGAGCAGAUUCAGAAAGUCCAGGUGGUGGUCACCGUGCUGGACUAUGACAAGCUGGGCAAGAAUGAAGCCAUCGGCAAGAUCUUCGUGGGCAGCAACGCCACAGGCACGGAGCUGCGGCACUGGUCCGACAUGCUGGCCAACCCCCGGAGGCCCAUCGCCCAGUGGCACUCACUCAAGCCUGAGGAGGAGGUGGACGCGCUUCUGGGGAAGAACAAGUAGGCAGCAGUGGCCGGGAGCCCGCACCAUGACAGACACUGACAAGAUCCAGAGCUAUCAAUACCUCAGUUAUGCGACCUUAGAGGUUUUCUUUCUCAUUUGUUUGUGGUUUUGUCCUUGUUUUUCCUUCCUUCAUCUCUUUUUAAAGACCAACUUCCCUCUGAAGGCUGUGUGAGGAGAAUCCCCUAACAGGUGAAAGAGAAGCCUGGCUCUUUUCAUCGUCCCAGGAGCUGUCCUUGCUGCAUGCCCUGUCACUUUUCCCUCUCACUCCUUCAAAGCUUCUCUGAAGCCUCACCCUGAGUGAGGCCCUCUUCUGGCAGAAAGUCUCAGCACUUCCUGUUUUUCGAGCGUUCUGGACCAACAAAAUGGCAGCACAUCCUGUUUCCUGAUAGGAAAGGCAACACAGUGGCCUACGAUGUGUAUGUGUAUUUGUGUGCAUGUGUGUGUGUACAUGUGUGUGUGUAUGUGUUUGAGUAUCUCUCUGCAUUCCUGGAAUGAGCCAUGGACAGUGAAGUUGUGUGGGAAGAGAAGGCUCUUCAGGGACUCUGAAAUGAAGAGACGUCCACUGUCUAAGUGGGAGAUCUGUCAGCUCGUGGAGAGGGCUCAGAAUCCUGGCCAGAUGCCAGAAACUCCCAUACUCCUUGUGGGUGGGUGUGGGAGGCAAGAUGUGGAGACUGGAUUUGUCCAGAACUAGGACCAAACCCCUGAUGCCAUCAUAGACUUUCUCCUGUCAGGCAUGGUUUCCCCAAGUGUGGUUUCUGGGACAUUCAUGGACAUGAACUAUUACUAGAUCGGUCAGGCUCUAACAAGGGACCAUCACUCCUGGGAUCUCACUGUUGUUGACAGUUAACAUCAAACUAUGAAGAAACAAGACCCAUUACCUAGGAAGACCAAAUGAAACUCCUGGAUCUUCUUCAGUCCCUUCCAGUGGGAAACACAGAUGCUUUCUCCCUUUCCAGAAUAUAAGCUAUGCGGUUGAUUUGCAUUGAUUCCCCAUCAUGCCUUUGCUUCUGUUUUCUCUUUUAAUCUAAGUGGAGCAAUGCUAUCUGAAGACUGUUAUCUGUACAGAGCCAGAGAACUCUUAAAAGGAAGGUUUAAGUAUUCUUAGUUCCCCUGAGGUCCAGGUAAGAAGGGGGAGGAUGGUGGACAGAUGGCAGAGAUUUCCCGGAUCAGAUGGGUGGGAGUGCUGAGAUUCCCCCCCAGCUCCCACUCCUCUGCCUUCCAUGCCAGAUAGCUUAUGGGUAGUUGGCGUGGCCCAGGGAGACCUGUGGGGAGCCCCAUCCUACCACUUCUUAGGGAGGCUUCUCUCUAUGAAAGCCAAGAAGCAGGAUAUCCAUUCCAAAUGGGAGGUGGACGACAGCUGUGGGGGUUUCUACCCCACGCUCCAUUGUGUCCCAUUCCUUCUUCACCUUUUGUCCCCAACACUGAUAAAAAGCCAUAUAUAUGUUAGACAAGUUUGCACUGAGCCUCCUUCCAAACAUUCAGUCUGGGCAAGAGAGUUAGGCCCCACACGGCCUGAGGCCAGCGCCACUUCCUUCUGCCCCUUCCUCCCGUCCUUGCCUCCCUUCCUUUAGCCUUCAGCCUCUCUCUUCCAUCCAUGAAGCCCUGAGGCCCUUGUCAUCUCUUCGCCACAGAAGACUCACAGCUUCCUCAGAACCUUGGGGAUCUCUCUCUUUCCCGGCAAAAAUGGCAGCACUUCCUGUCAUGCCCCAUCUGGGCCACCUCAGCUUUCUCUAGGUACCUGAGACAGAUGGACAGUGUUAGAGAAAAUCAGGCUUUGAGGAUCCACAUGAAGAAGGUGCAGAGUGUCUUUUUAUUUUGUUAAAAGAAAGAUGGGUUUUUUGUUUCUGCUGUGCCAACUUUUUUGUUUAGAGUUGGGGACGAGGGAACACUUCCACCAGAAACAGACUGGGAAGCAGGGCUCAGCCUUGUUCAUCUCUCAGAGACCCUUCUCCUUCUUGCUAGUGGCCCUUGGUACAUGGGAGAUUGUAUUUUACUGGACCCUGUGUGAGUGUGGGUGUGUACUCAAUGAUCAGAAGGUAGGACUCCGACAAGGACUGUGAACUUUGGCCCUUGGGACCAGAGUUGUGGUCAUAGUAGAGAGUUGUAGGAAAAUAGGGUGCCUUCAGAAUCUGGCUGACGGCAGCAUAGGAUGUCCUGGUAUGGACAUCCGAAGUCACUGGACUCUUCUCCCAUCCCCAGAGCUGUGGGAUUUUGGUGCUUUCUCAGGUCUCUCUCCCUGCUCUAUCCCACAAUCCCUGUUCAGAGGACCUCCCUGUCGAUCUCAUCUUCCUUACCUCCAUUCUUUUGCCCUCUCCUGAUGUACUUUCUACCAUCUGAGAUUCUUCUGUGCCCAUGAGCCUUAUUUAGCCCUUUAAGAGCCCAAGAUUUGCCACUCUCCUGAUGGGGAGGAGAGGAAAUGGCGGGUACCUCUGGUGGUUUGGGUGAUGUUCCAGAAAGAAGACAGGGGCUGGAUUUUGUUACUCUGGGCCCCCCUCUAGUGAGCAGCCUUGAGGGGUGGGGACACGUUGCCGAGAGACUGGGUGUUGGCACCAGUGUGGCCCAGGGGAGAGACCUGAGUGUGGGCAACAAUUCCUCCCUCCCACCCGCCUAGGUUCCUGCUGGUCCUUGGAUGGGCACUUGGCCAAGAUGAGCCAUCCUAGCGAAGGCCUCUAUCCAGGUCUAUGAACUAGGCUGGUAAACAUACUUAUGCUUGUAAGUUUUCCGCAUCUGAGAGAUGAUGUUACCCGAAGCACGGAGCAUUGUUCUGAACUCUCACUGCCAUGCAGGUUUAUUUCUGGGGAUGUUAGGAUGCUGGGAUGCGAGCCCUAAGUAGGACAGGGUUAGGGUCUGGCUAGUGAGGGGUUCUGGAGGUCUCUGCGGCUGUGCGUUUUCACGCCCAAAGUCUAUUGCAGACAGGAACAUAGCAUAGGAGUGAUUUUCUUCCAAAGGGACUGAGACCAUAAAGACCCAAACCCAGUCCCACCCAGAACUGGGGGGAGGCCAGAAAGCUUGGUCCUCGCCUUUCUCCUUGAAUAGUCAUUCCAGAAGGGAAGGUAACUCUGCCAGAGCCGUGGGCACAUUUUUGGACUUUGGAAAGCGGAAGCUGAGGUCUGGGGGAAGCAGGGUAGAGGACACUCAGGAGGCCCCAGACAGGGAGUGAGCAGGUGCUUGGCAUGAGCGAGAAGUGCCUUUGCAGGGAUCCCUCAGCUGGAGGAUGGGCCAGCCGGGAUUAGAGCACAGCCUCAGAUCCGGUUUUUUUUUUUUUUUUCUUCCCAGGAAACCAUACUUAGCUAGGUUUCUGCAGAAUCAGUUUGGGCUGAUGUUGCUGGCCCAGGGCUCCAGUGAGAGAGAAGAGAGAGGUUGCAGCAGUCCUCCUGUGGGUAAAACCAGCUCCCCGAAAAGAGGUUUUGAAACCUCCCCUGGGGCUGGGAGUGAGAGAUUCCAUGAAUGCUAAUGUAUGCUAAUUCUUGGUCUCACCCAACCUUAUACUGAGAGAGGCUGUCCUUUGUCCCUCCACGCCAAGGUAGGAAGAGACUGAGCCGGGACCUGCCCUCCUACCCUCUACUCUGUCCUUACCCUCCACCCCCUUCCCACCUGAGGCUGGUUGGGGGGUCAUUUCUCAGAGCCCUGGCUGGUGGCAGGCAGGGAAGAGUCCCAAGGCCUGACCUUGGUGGCCCAGAGCCCCACGACAUGGUUGUCAGAUUUGACAAAUAAAAAUACAAGAUACCCAGUUCGAUUUGCAUUGGGGAUAAACAAUGCAUAAUUUUAAAGCCUGAGUAUGUCUUGGGCAAAAAUUGGAACAUACGAUACAAAGAGUGAUUUGUUGUUUAUCUGAGAUUCAAAUUUAACUGGCCAUCCUGUUUUAUCUGACACCCCAUUCUAUGACCACUUCCCCCCUCUCCCCUCAGUCCCAGGGGGCCAGAGACGACUGGUCACCGAGGAUCUUACUUAACCUGCUUUUCGAGCUGCAAUAUUGAGAAGGGGACACUGUGACUUGAAGACACACGAAUAUACUUUAUUUUUUAAGUGACAACAAAACAAGAACCUUCUGAAGCCAUUUGAGCCUCAUGACCCCCUCCAUGUGCAUUUAAUUAGAUAGAAAAGAAGAUAGUGACAUAUAAACAUACGAGCCGAGUCUUGUUUACCCAACAUGCAUGUCUCUGACUUUCUGUAAAUAGCCGCAUGGCCAUAUGCUGAGAGUGCCCCCGACCCCUGACCCCUGACCUCGAUCCCACUUUACACACCUCGUUGAGGCUGCCCCUUCGAUUUUAUGUCAUGUCCAGUCUUUGUCCCCGAGCCCCACCCUGUCUCACCCCAUCGGGAAUCCCCCAGUAGCGCGGGCCGGGGGCACCAGUUUCCGGCACCAGCCCCAGCCCUGCCUUCGGGAACAUGGGAGGACCCCUGGCGCCCCGAAGUCCCGUCCCGACCGCCUGCUGCACAUCCGUCUCCGAGCUGACCCUCAGUGUACUGAGCAUUGUGUCCAGCCUGGUGUCUGCUGUCCCAGUAGCUUCUGUGCCCCGUGUGUGUGUGUAUGCGGUGUGCCCCUUCCUCCCACUGUAUGAAUUAACUGAAAAGCCAUAAAGGGGGCCUCCUACAGGAGACUGCCCUUGGUUCCUCCUAGGAGCCCCCCGUGUCCCUCUGACUGGCUCCCCACAGAACACUUGUGAAGGGCUCACCUGUUGUCACCCCUCCCGCUCUCAGCCCCGUGUCAUGAGGACGGAUGGCAUCCAGGGGUUCUGGCCGAGUCCCAGGAGGCGUCCUGGCUGGCCCUGCCCGAGCGGGCUCCUUCACCUGGAUUUGAUAGUCCAGCUCCAUCUCCAUCCCGUGCGUGGACGGGGCAGUGGCGGGGAUGCCAUAGUGUUGGGUACAUUCUCAAAGGGCACUGAGGAGGCCACCAGGAUUUUCAGGAGCAGCUAGUCAGCGGCUCAGGUUCCCAUCACCAUCCAGGCUUGACAGAAGCAGCCCUGCUUCUGUGACCCUGUGGGCUCAGGGGCUGUGGGUGGCAAUGGGGGAGGGCCUCUGGGGGGUAUACUGGAGAACGCCGUGGGUUGGUCUCUUCCCACCAUGCUCCCUCCUGCAGGCUGACAGCGCCCAAGAGCGGGUGGCCUGUGGCCUGCAGACCCUCCCGUCAGCUCUCCAGGGCAGCCCCAGCCAGGAGCAUCCUGUGGUAGAGAAUUGGGGUGGGGGGGCUGGGGGUUCUGCAGGUCCCAUGUCACUAUGUUGUACCAGGACGGGCACAUAGCUCCCAGCCUGCAGGUCUUGGCCCCAAGGGCACCGACGAGGGCAGAAGACUCAUGCGGAGGCCUGAGGCAUGAAAACCAGUAAGCAUGAGGGAGAAGAGAGACAAAAACCUGACAGCAAGGCCAAAGGCGGUGAGGUGGGCUCUGCCCUUCACAAACCAUGACUCGUGAGCACACAGAAGUCCCAGGGAUCUUUGUGCUGGGGACCGUCUCCGGGUGGGCUGGGAUCCCGAGCUUGGAGGAGGGAAGAUGAGCCCAGCCCCUGCUAGUGCUCUCUGGGACCCUCCCGCUCUCCCCACCUACGGCAGACAGCAAUGCCAGGAGCUGAGGGGGUCAGGCCUGGUGGAGUGGCAGAGCCGGGUGCAUGGGGUCGGGGGUCUCUCCACCCAGCCCUCCUCAGCCAUCAGGACUCGGGGAGGACCCUCUUCAAAGAAGCUUGACUGUUCUGCCCUGACUCCUCCUCCUCUAAGGACUUGAUUUGCUGCUUCUGAAAUCCCAGGGAUCUGAAAACUUCAAAACCGGCGGGGCAGACCCUAGCCUGCCUCGGGUCACCGCUGGAAUGCAUCGGCCCUGCCAGGAACCCUGCCUUUGUCUUCAUAAGAAGGACACAUGUGUAGCCCUCGCCCCCCCACCUCCUCUGCUUGGCAAUGCUCUCCACACCCCCUUAUGUGGACUCUGUUGUUCUUGUCUGAUCUCUUGUCAACUGUUAUUUUGUAAUGAGCUGCGUCUCCUUAUUAAAGAAAUGAGCUGAAAGA